AUGGUGCGCCUACAUGAGCUGAGCCUGGGCGACACGUUUGAGGACCUCCUCGUGGAGGUCUAUCAGCUGGAGGGGGUGGACCCCGCAUCCAAGCCCCGCGACCCCGUCUACUCGGCGCUCGUCCGAGACCCCUCGAGCUACUGCCGCCUGAUCUACAGAGCCAACAACAACUGUAAACCAAGCAAUGUGAAGCGGGGGAAGUUCUACCGGAUUUCAGGCAGGGUCAGCAGCUACCGCGGGCGCAUGCAGAUCCAGAUCGGCAGCUCAUGGGGCCGUGUGGAGAAGGUCAAUGGUGAGGAG